AGAAAAAAAAAACAAUUUAUACAAUUCUUUUUUUUUUAUUUUUUUACACCAUUCUGUGAGCGUAUGAGCAAAAGAGUAUAUUCGACGACGUCGUGAUAUUGGUUGUUACUUGUAUUUGUUGUUGUAUAGACUUACUUUUGGUGAGCUGGUUGGUUCGUCCGUCGAUUUAUUUUGGAUGACGAUACGAAGUGAUGGUGAUGAUGGUGCGAAGAAGAAUGAGCUUCAUUGAGUGUGUGUGUGUGUUAUGUGCUUGCUAUUUGGUUUUGUGAGUAAAAAUGUGUUGAAUUACUAAACCAACAGCAACAACAACAGCAUUGAGUACAUUCAUGUGGAGCAUUGCAUUAUUAUGAGAAAUAUUCAAUUUAAAGAAAAUAAAAAAGCACACCAAAGAGAAUGACAACAACGAAGACGACCGCAAGAAUACAGAGCAAGCAAACCAAGAACCCAAACACAAUCAAAUUUGUUAGCUUCAGCGGCUUUGGAUCUUAAGUGUAUCUUACCCCCGCUCGAUGAAUUUCAAUUUAUUUUUAUAUUUGAGAAAAGAAAUGUUUUCCAAACGGCGAAAUGAGAAAAAAAUGAAAGGGGCGUUGUAAACAACGCUCUCUUUAUCGUUAAAACUACUUUGGAAUUACUAUGCGAUAAAACAAAAAACGGAAUACAGUAAAAAGUCAUUCCUUUUUUAAAGUUCGUUGAUUUUCUGACACACAAAAAUCAUAGACUGAAAUUGUAAGGAGCAGACAAGGAUAAGGCAAAACGUAGUGCUACGAGCUACGACGCUUAAAUACAUACAAAUAUACAAAAAGAAAAGAUUUAUAGAAAAAAGUGCGAGUGCGGCUCUUAAGUGCAUGUGUUUCUAGGGGAAAACUACGGAAAACUCAUUGCUGUUGAAAAGUGAAAAAUGACAAUUAUACUUUUCUUGGUCGACACUUCGUCGUCUAUGUGCCAAAAAGCCUACGUUAAUGGCGUCCAAAAAACCUACUUGGAUAUCGCCAAGGGAGCCGUGGAAACUUUUCUCAAAUAUCGUCAGCGCACACAAGACUGUCUGGGUGAUCGUUACAUGCUGCUGACAUUUGAGGAGCCGCCUGCCAAUGUAAAGGCCGGCUGGAAGGAGAAUCAUGCCACAUUCAUGAAUGAACUGAAGAAUCUACAAAGUACGGGUCUUACAUCGAUGGGGGAAUCCCUGAAAAACGCCUUUGAUUUGUUAAAUUUGAAUCGUAUGCAAUCUGGUAUUGAUACAUAUGGCCAGGGUAGGUGCCCCUUUUACUUGGAGCCCUCUGUGAUAAUAGUCAUAACGGAUGGUGGCCGUUAUUCCAAUCGUAAUGUGGUGCACCAGGACAUUAUUUUACCCCUUAACACCCAAAUACCGGGAACAAAGUUCACCAAGGAACCCUUUCGCUGGGACCAACGUUUGUUUUCUUUAGUGCUGCGCAUGUCUGGCAAUAGAAUGGAUGAACGGGUGGAAGGAAAGGUGCCCCAUGAUGAUUCGCCCAUUGAGAGGAUGUGUGAGGUAACCGGCGGGCGUUCAUAUCGUGUGAGAUCUCACUAUGUGCUCAACCAAUGUAUUGAAAGCUUAGUGCAAAAAGUACAACCUGGUGUGGUGUUACAGUUCGAACCCCUAAUUCCUAAAGAUCCAAAUAAUAUGACAAACGAAGCACUACAAGAUUUAAUUUUUCAGCCAUUGAAAAAAAUGAUCUAUGUACAAAAGCAUAUUAGCCAAAAAACCUUCCCCAUAGGCUAUUGGCCUCUGCCCGAACCAUAUUGGCCAGAUCCCAAGGCACCGACUCUGCCACCCCGUGAUGCUCAUCCCAAGUUGAAAAUAGUAACACCGGCCGUGGAGGAGCCUCAGACAGUGCAUAACUUUCCUGUGGACAAGUAUGAGAUAGAAGCCAGCCCCCUGACCUUGCAGAUUCUGCAGAAACGUGAAAUGAAGAAAUGUUGGCAAGUCAUUAUCUCGAAUGGCAUGCAUGGCUUUGAAUUGCCAUUUGGGUAUCUCAAGGCCUCAUCCACUACAUCACAGGUGCAUCUUUAUGUCUUGGCCUAUAAUUAUCCGGCCCUCUUACCAUUGCUGCACGAUUUAAUUCACAAAUACAAUAUGAGCCCACCAAAUGAUUUAAUGUACAAAUUUAAUGCGUACGUUCGAUCCAUUCCUCCCUACUAUUGUCCAUUCUUGCGGAAGGCAUUACUUAACAUCUCUGUGCCUUAUCCCCUGCUGCAGUUCCUGUUACCGGACAAUGUGGAUAAUUAUCUCUCACCAAAUAUAGCAAAUCAAUUGAAGCAUAUAAAGAACACAGCCAAACAAGAUCAAGAGAACCUAUGCAUGAAGGUAUACAAGCAAUUGAAGCAGCCGAAACCGCCCUAUCGUCAGGUGGAAACGGCCAAGUUAAAUACUGGUGUGCCACUGCGCAGGGAUCUGGUGCGCCAUCCAUUGCUGCGUGACACUUUUGCCAAACUUCACUCAGAAAUCGAGCCGCUAGAAAACUACACUGUAGUCGUGCCCCAAUUGACGCGACAACAAUCGGCCAAAUCAUAUCGCAACCCCUUCGAUAUACCAAGAAGGGAUAUCAUUGAGGAAAUCGCCCGAAUGCGUGAGGCCUUUAUGAGACCUCAACCCGCCAGUCUAGUGGCCAAAGAUUCUGGUCACUGUUUGCCUAUAGCUGAAAUGGGCAAUUACCAGGAGUAUUUGAAGAAUAAAGAUAAUCCCUUGCGCGAAAUUGAACCGACAAAUGUACGGCAACAUAUGUUUGGCAAUCCCUAUAAGAAGGAUAAGCAUAUGGUUAUGGUUGAUGAAGCUGAUUUGAGUGAUGUGGCGCCCAUGAAAGGUGGAAAUGGCGCAGGUCCUUCUGGGGGGCCUGGUGUUAGUGGCAUAGGUGGUCCUCCGGGCGGCAAGAAGCUAGACUCUUCGAGAGCCCGAAAACGUAAGGCUGGUCCCAUACGCAUGGAUUUUGUUUUUAGGCGCACAUCGACAGACUCAAGGCCACGCACCCCCACUCCUUCGAUAUCAUCGUCUAGUAUUUCUUCGAGCACAUCUUCAGUAUCUUCCCUCUCCGAUUUAGAGUCCAUAGACUCGGAUUCGGAUACCUCUUCGAUAUCUUCGGGCAUGUCUGAUGAUGGAGAUCCUGAUCGUUUGGUUGUUGCAUUUCCCGAUUUCACCGACGAGGAGGCCACAGAAACCGAAUUCACAUUCAACGGUUACGUGGUUGAUUUCAUUAAUGGUGUGGGAGUUGAAAAUAGCUGUGAUAAUCCUAGUAACGAUGUCUUGAGCCCAACGGUCUCGAAUCUUAAUGCCAGCGGACUAACUUCAAAUUUGCCCAUGGUCAAUGGGCAAAUAACACCGCCAAUGAGUCCACAUCAUCCAUUGAUGCAGCCGCCGCCACAUCAGUCACCUGCUCCCACAACCAAUCCCUAUAUGACGAAUUACGCAUCUUUGGGACCACAUGAACCUAGUACACCUCCACCUCCGACACUAUUAGGCCCGCCAACGCACUUAGCUAUCAAUGCAAUGCUUCAUGGCACUGCCUCGCCCCUAAAUGGUAAUAUUUACAGUACACCCAGUAAUCUGCCAAUCGCUAGUAAUGGUGGGCCAUUAAUAGUGAAUAAUGCGGGAACAUCAGUAUCAGCAGCACCUACAAGUCCAGUUACAAAUCCAUAUCAACACCAAAGCCCAGCGCCGCUACAACAGUUGACAUCCGUGGUCCACCAUGCUGCACUAACACCGCCAUCCCCAUCCCAGCCUGCUCAUCACUUACACGACAUCAACGAUGCUCAAGAAAUUUCCAGAAUAUUACAACAAUGCCACAAUGGCAGCAUUAACUCUUCGGUGACAUCGUCGUCCUCAUCAUCGGCUACCACAACAAUCUCAUCCGAGACCACGAACGCCGCAGAUUGUGCCUCCAAAUCCGAUCCUGAGACGGCGCUUAUGCCUCCGCCCUCAAUGCCUUUGGGCUCAAGUAGCUUCGAUUCCCUUAAAAGGGAAAGUGGCAACACCAGCACCACAACUACCAUAACUUCACUAACAUUCUCAAAUCAUGUCAAUCAUUCUUCGUCAGCACCUGCGACGGCGGCGCCCACUCCGCUAACCGAUGAGCAAAGAGAACAAGCACGUAAACACAAUAUGGAUUUGAGGGCGCAAGUAUUUCGCGAUAUUCGUAAACCGGGACGCAACUAUUCCCAACUACUUGAACAUUUGAAUCUAAUCAAAGGCGAUGCGGAUAUGAAAUCAAAUUUCAUACAAAUGUGCAUUUCGGAAUCGCUGCGAUUCCGACGCAAGCAAAUGGUCAAUAGCAUACAGGAGUGGUGGGAUAAAAAACAACAAGUACAGGCAACUAGUUAACAAUUACUGUAAUACUAGAUAGCGAAGAUUUAUAAUUAAAAAAAAAAAUGAAUACUGAAACAAAGGACCAUGUCGUCAAAUUGGAAUCAAACGAAUCAUUAUUUCUUCUAUUGUUUUUAGUGUGUUCUUUUCAUUCGGAGUUUUCUGUUUCAUCUUCUAGUUUUAUGAGGCCCCUACUCUGUAAAGGCCCACCAUCUUGCAAAGGAGCAAGGGUCUGAUUUAGUUGGAAAUAUGUAUUGUAAAUAAUUGCAGGCCUGUAGUUUCUUGGAAUACCCAUACAUACACAUUGAGAGCAGGGGAAUAGUAUUAAUACGGCUUCAAAGCAAUGUAUGCGAGAGUAGUUUUUAAUUUUGUUAUUUCUUUACUGAUCACUAUUUAGUUUUUCUUCUUCUUCUUUUCAAUAAAGAGUUAAUCAAAGAACCAUA